AUGGACAUAGGAAACUGCUCACUGAAUGAAUUCAUUUUCGUGGGAGUUACUAAUAAUACUGAGAUGAAAGGGACACUGUUUGCCAUAUUUCUACUCAUCUAUCUCAUCAACCUUUUGGGGAAUCUUGGUAUGAUCAUUUUGAUCAGAGUGGAUCCACAGCUCCACACACCGAUGUACUUUUUCCUGAGCCACCUUUCUUUCUGUGAUCUCUGCUAUCCCACUGCAAUUGGCCCCAAGAUGCUAGUAGAUAUCUUUGGCAAAAAUAAGUCAAUUCCCUUCUGGGGCUGUGCUACUCAGUUCUUCAUUUCCUGUACCUUUGCAGAUUCUGAAUGCGUACUCCUGGCAGUGAUGGCCUUUGAUAGGUAUCAGGCCAUUAGCAACCCUUUGCUCUACACAGUGAACAUGUCCCGAAGAUUGUGCUCCAUGCUCAUGGCUGCAGUUUACCUGGUGGGGACAUCAGAUGCGUUGAUACAUACGACUUUGGCGUUCCGGCUCUGUUUCUGUGGGUCCAAUGAGAUCAACCAUUUCUUCUGUGACUUACCUCCCCUUUACCUCCUCUCCUGCUCAGACACUCAAAUAAAUGAGCUGGCAUUAUUCACCAUUUAUGGUUUCCUUGAAAUGAGCACCAUCUCAGGGGUCCUUGUUUCUUAUUGUUAUAUUAUCUCAUCGGUCUUAAAAAUCCACUCUACUGAGGGGAGAUUCAAAGCCUUCUCCACCUGCACUUCACACUUGACUGCAGUUGGUAUUUUCCAGGGAACCCUACUCUUCACAUAUUUUCGUCCAAGCUCUUCUUACUCCCUCGAUCAAGACAAAAUGACUUCUUUAUUUUACACCCUUGUAAUUCCCAUGCUGAAUCCACUGAUUUACAGUCUGAGGAACAAGGAUGUGAAAGAAUCUUUGAAGAAAAUUAAAAUAAACAAAUGGUUUUAA